ACUUAUAGUCUCAGCUGUCUGGCACGCGCACUUCAAGCGACACUCUCCCCCCCUCAACGUCCUCAAACCCCGAAACUUAACAGAGCUCUUGCAAGGGUGCAUAAGGGAAAUGAAAGGCGCUCAGAUGUUCAGGCCCGCCGCUGCUGCUGCGGCAGCGGCUACCGUUCUGCUGAUGUGUUGCGUUUCGUCCGCCGACACGGGCUCGUCCGCACGCGCUAGCGCCGUUGCGGUCUCGAGUGGCGGCUCGCCCUCGACGGCCUUCUCCGGGUCCGUCGCCGGCCCCGGCCAGGACGCCAGCAGCAGCGUGGUUGUGGUGAAUGGGAAGACGCUGGUGAACGACUCGCAGGUCUUGUACAACCAGGCUUCCGCCGACCUCGCCUGGGAUGCCGCGCCCGCCUGCCCCGCUGAAUCCGCGUCUCAGCCCGUCGUGCUCGAUUCAAUGGGUCGGCCAUGGUCCUGGAACCCGGCCAGUCAGCAGUCCUGCGCCGUGCGCCCCAGCCCUGCAGGGCCGCCCGCCGCCACCGUCGCCUGGGAUGCCGCGCCGAGGUGCUCUUUCGCGCCCACCGCCGAUACCGCCACUCCGGACGCCAGCGGGCGUCUGUGGUCGUGGCAGGGCGGCGCCAGCUGCGCGCACAAGAACAGCGACGGCACGCCCAUCUACUAUGACGGCUACCAGGUGGGGCCGGCUGCUGGGAGGCGCCGCGCGCUCCUGGGGCGGACCGGUGACGACGCGUCCUCCGCGGCCGUCACCAUGCCAGUGACCAAGAUUGGCGCCACCCUUACGGACGGCGCGGCUGUUGAUGUUGAGGUGCAGCAACUGCUGGACUGGACUGCCGCCCUGCCGUGCCCCAUGGCACCAAACGCCAAUAACAGCGCUACGGAUGCCCGCGGGUGGUUGUGGGGCCAGAGCCAGGGAGCCCGCUGCGCCUUCAAGGCAGCCGGCUCCCGUCCGAUCUACUACCCAGGCUACGUGGCCGCAAACUACGACCUGGCACCGCUGUGCAGCGCCGCCGUGAGCCGCGCUACCUCCAUGGCCGACUGGCAGGGCAGGCUGUGGAACUGGGAGGCCGGAGUCAACUGUGUCCACACCUGCGAGCGCCCCUCUGACCAGCUAGCCGCGGCCCUUGCGGCGGCAGCCGUGCAGACUGCAUUGGCGGCCAACACUUCUGCGGCGGGCGCCCAGCCGGCUGCUACCAGCGAGCCGGUUGCGACUGCAGCAGACGGUGGCAAAGACUCAGCGGCUGCGGCAGCUCAGGUUGCGGUGGAUGCAACUCUGGCGGCGGCAGUGGAUGCCCGCGCUGCGGUUGGGGCAGCCACGGCACCAGUAGCGGCUGGCACUGCUGCUCACCAGCAGGUCCCGGCGAACGCCACUGCGGCGAAGGACAAGGCCGAGGCCGAGGCGGUGCGAGCGGCGGCGCACGGUGAUGCUCUGGUGGCGAUGAUGGGUGAUCCGGAGACCGCAGCCGCGCUGGCGGAGGCGGCGGGCCCCGCCACGGGUGCACGUACGGACGCGGGAGAUGCGGUAGUUGCGGCGGGGCAGACGGACAUCGCAGUCGGCCCUGGGGCAGGGAGAUCCGUGUUGCAUGGGGCAUGGGGCAUCGCUGCGACACUUAAACAGCCUUUGAUUUGGACCACUGUUUGAUUUGCACCACUGUUUAUAGGUACUGCCACAAACACAGUUUCUAUCUUGUUCUGGUGGUUUUUUGCGUCUUCGCGCCUUUGCGUCUUGAAAAAGCUAUAUCAGCUAUACUUCGCGCCUUCGCACCUUCGCUCGUUUGCCUUUUCCUCUGCAAAAUGUGCAAAACGCCGAGGUCCGCGCUACAACCAUCUUGCCUGACCGGCGAGCGCUCGGAGAGCUCGGGGACGACCUAGAGCUCGCGGCAGGCAAACGCAAGCUGAUGCGGAUGGUUUGAUGAGGUCUUAGCUAGGUCCACGCCGAAGAGCCGUAUGGAUAAGGCGCACGUGCUGUCGGGGUACAGGCAUGUACUGUUAGUGUGGCAAACCAGUGGUCGUGUCGCAGGGUGUCGUGUACACCCCUAGCAGCAGUGGAUAGCUAGUCGUGCAUGUACCGGAACAAAACACCAGCCGGUAGAUAGCGCACAGAAAUAAAGCUCCAAGGAGACUGUAAUGCUGUGCAUAGCGGCGUACCUGCGUGCACUGCAUAUGAAGAUUGCCUGUUGGCAGCUCUGAGGGUGCAAGGGGAUGUUGCCUCCCUUCCAGCGCUUGCCGCGUGUCGCUUCGGGCUUGUACCACAACUCACGGCGUGCAUUGGCCGUGCACCAUAUCCAAUUCAAAUUUGUAUUUGGGCUGGCGGACUAUCAGCGCUGUUCCGCCUUCCCGCUCUUG